AUGACUACGAAGACAAUGACGAGUGUCAAAAACUCCACGCGUAUUGUGGCACUGUGCUUCGCCCUAUCCUUCAGCCGUAUUGCCUCAAAUCGAUAUUUCGUCAGUGAACUGUUCCAGCGAACGGCGUUGGGUGCGUAUCCAAAGACUACAGUAGGCUACACAGUACAUUUUGCUUCGGCCAGAGUGGAUGGAUACAUGCCGGUAACUAGGAGGUCUAAAGCCAAGUUGACCUGGAAGCUAAAACCUGACUUUAGUGACCGUCUACUUACACCACCGUUUGAGGCAGACGGACUAGACUGA